UGAAGCAGGCCCAAAGGUGGGAGUGGAGACAGCCUUUUAUUCACAUUCCAUACCCUCAAAUUCCAGCGAUGAGGGUAGGAUAUUAAGGCCCUUAUGCAUUAAGGAUCAACACAAUGGGGUAAUGGGGAUCCUGGACACUUGCUUCCCACCAGUGAAUAUUAAAUGAAGGUCCAGGAGUCUCUACAGUUACAGGAAUAAGAAGGAAACUUGAGCAGCUCAAGAGUGGUGAAAACAGUGAGAUGCUCUGGGGACAGUUCCUUGAAAAUUUCAUCUGACUCCCAGAGGUGUGUGAACGUACAAGACCUGAAGCCAGAUUCUGGAGACUGAGUCUCUGCCCUCCGGGGACCUGCAACAGAGAGGAGGUCCCCACUCAGAAGCCCCAGGGACUGCUCUAGCUGUGGGCGGAAAGACAACAUUUUCCUCCUUGUAUCAAGAACUCCAACUUCACCAACAGAGAACCCCUCAUAAAAGUACUCAGAAGGACAACUUGUAGUAGAAAAUAUUCUAGAGUUCUUUCCAAAGGGUAUUAUUUCUUCAAGAGGAAAAAGAAAACCUCUUGGAAAUUAAGGAGAAGACAGGAUAAUUUCAGAUGGUUACUCCUCCCACCUCAAUCUCAACGGCACUGCUCUCUUGAGUAAUUUAUUCUUUAGGGGAAUUAACAGCGAAGUUACAAGAUACAAGGUUGAAACUACUAGAUAGUAUUUAUUUAGGUGUCCAUCGUCCUUGGAAUCUAGUUUCUAACCAUCAGUGAAACAUCCCCAUAAGAAAAUCACUUUAAGAAAGAUCUCUAUAUCAGCACAACAUGGUGCCAUUUAAAUAUUAUGAUCAACACUUUCUACCACUAAACCACUCUUGCCACCUGGCCACGACCAAUUCAUUAACACAUCAGUACAAUUCUAAAAAAUUAAAUCAACUUAAUAACCAACCUUUGGCCAAAGUACAAUCCUACAGCAAGAACUUUGCAGCACCUUCAUUAAACUAUAACCAGACAGUCCAGAGCUGCUCAGUAUUGCCUUCUCCCAAGUCUCAACUAAAAAUUUCACAGGGCUUCAACAAUAAGGCUACAAAAUUACAGUUAUCCCCUUCCAAAUGCCUGGUCACUUUUUCACCAGACCACUGGAAAAACUCCUUGCACCCUACUGGGAAAGCCUUGAGCUCACCUUUAUCAUACCCUAAACCUCAGACAACAUCUUUAUCUGAUCUGAACAAGACAUCACCAUCACUGGAACCAAGUCAAACAUGCUGGAGCUCACAGUUACCCCUCCCCAAACCUCAGACUACAUCUUCAAGCCCAGACCUUCACUGGACAUCACCUUUACUAAAGUCUAACCAAAAAGUUUUACAUUCAUCAUUAUCUCAUCUCCAACAUCAAGAAACACCUCUGCUCAAUGCCAUGUGGACCUCCUCUUUGAGACCCCAGCAGAAAGCAAGUAGAUCAACAUUACUUCAAUCCAAUCCUCAGAAAACCUCUUCACUGGAUGGUUUUUGGACAUCUUUAUUGGUACACAACCAAAGGUCUUUGAGCUCCCCAUCACUCAGUUCGAAAGCUCAAACAAACAACUUUCUUCAGACAUCACAUUCUUUGGAGUUCAAUCAAAUGGCUCUAAUUUCACCACUAGAAGAUUCCAGACCUCACAAAAAGCCUAUAUUGACCUCUAAUUCCAGUGUUUUGAGUUUACCGUUAUCCCAUGUGAAAUUAAGGAAAUCACCUUUAUUGCACUCCGCCCAACAGUCUCAGAGUUUAUCAGUGUUCCAGCCCAAAUCUCAGGCAGUGCUUACACUUGAUCAUAGCUUCCAGACCCUCAGCUCACCCAUCUGUCACUCCAAGUUUCCAAAUGCCACUUCACCAAAUGACAAAGACAGAACCACAGAAAUGCCACUAUCUCAUCUCAAACCCAAUGCUGCAGGCCAGGCCUCAUCAAGCACCAAACACUGCCUCAGGAGGACAACUACUUCUCCCUGGGGCUCUGGACUCCAGAGUAAGAGCAGCCUUGAUUUUCGUGAAAGGGUAAAAUCAGAUAGAGAAAUUCCAUGGACUUUACAUUAUGGUCAUCCCUGCAUUGUGAAGGGUGGAACUAUCCCUGACCGUGUUGUAAACAAAAUCAUCACUUCUCUCUCCAAGACCAGAAUCCAAAGGGAUCUCUCCAGACAGAUUCUCUUUCGAAGAAUGAGGGGAAGGCCAAAUCCUCGUCCUGGUCCCCGCCUGUCAUCAGUUUAUACAGUUUGUUUAUCUUGUGCUUCCUGCAUAAAAUCUCCGUGUAACCAUCUCACAGGAAAGAAAGAUCCUCGCUGUGGGAUGCUAUUUGUCAUUCCAACACCUGAGGCCAAUUCCAAGGGGGAAAUAGAGGUGAAAUUACUGUUCAUCCUUAGGUUACCAGAGACUUCUUUCUCACCUUUCCUCCCACCCCUCUCUAUGAAAGGAAGCCAGCUUGAAGACACUCCCAGUGACAGCCUGGAAGAAAUAGAGAAGCUAUCACAGUUUUUCUCUGCCUCUGAAUCUGAUGUCCUCCGGGGGCUCAGGGUGAAGGAAGGAUGGUCGGCAGCAUCCAGUGAGAACCAAGCUGCAAGUCCAAAGGUCCAAGCUGUAGACUGGCUGCUUUACGUUAAAAAUAAUGGCAGUUCUGAUUCGCAAUCCCCAUCCCCAUCUCCUCCUUCUUCUUCCUCUUCCUCUUCCUCUUCCAUUUCCUCUGCCACCCCUUCUCCAACUUCUUCCUCGUCUUCCUCCUCCCUCUUACCCUCUGAACCCCUUCCUUCCCAAGACUGUAGCCCAUGUCCCCUCUCAAACUGUGUAGUCACAAAGCUACUUAGUUACCACAGAUUGCCUCCGGGGGUCUCCUGGCUUGAGUUCAUAUGUAGUAAGGAUUACCAGCCACUUCCGGGAAAGCCAGAUAAGGAGCAGUCACCACAGCCCACAACAACGCCUCUGAGGAAUGCCACCGCAACAAAGGAGACAAAGGGACCAAGCAUGCUGCACAAGUUUUUUUCCAAGCACAGUUUCAAAAAUGAGAAACCCUGAUUAAAUCAUCUUCCAGUGUCUUUGAAAGCAGACCUCCUAGUUCUUUGAGACUAGUGUUUGAUUUCCUAUCAUGUUUUAUAAUAUCCUUAGUAAAAUCUGUACCUCUGUA